UUACAGAUUUAAUUCUCUUAGGAAAUGAUCAAGAUUGGAAAAGGUUUUUUUAAGUGGGAAGGUAAGGAGCGGAAAAUAUCGCAUUUGCAGUUUUUUAAAAAGGGGGACUCUGCCGUGAACAUGAGCGUGUAUAUGUGUGAGUGUGUGCCCCUCCCCUUGCAGGGGUGGUCCUUUUUUUGGCUCCACCACGUGGCUUCCUCUUGCAAACAUUUUCACUCAUUUUUCCAGGUCGAUUUUAUUUAGGGGCGGCGCCAAAGCCUUCCUCAGCCUCAGAGACGUCCUGCGUGUGUAUGGAUGUGUGUGUGUGUGUGAGACACAUGAGUUGCGACUCAAAAGGAGUUGGGGGGUCGCUGGAAAAGGGGGAAAAGAGCCAUUUUCCCAAGCCCGCCAUACCAAGUUGCAUCCAAACCCACCAGCCCCACGGAUUCUGUAAAACAGGGGACAUUUUCCCCCUCUUUCCUCUUAGAUUUCCCCCCUUUCCUUCCCACACCCAAAAUAACUGACUUUUCCUGCUUGCUGGGCCAACAAGAUUGAAUAAGAAACUUUUUUUUCUAAAGAAAGGGGUUAGGCUUUUUUUUUUUUUUAAGAAUCUGUUCAAAGUUUCACCCCCUACCAGUCAUCACCCUCCUUCCCCACCCGGCGUGUGAGAUAUAUUUUUCCCUCCCACCUCCUGUGCCUCCCUCCCUCCCUUUUUGGACCUACCCAACAUUUUGUGCAAAACGCAUCAGCCAUGAACAAGCUGUACAUUGGGAACCUCAACGAGAACGUGACUCCGGCGGAUCUGGAGAAAGUCUUCAACGACCACAAAAUCUCCUUCAGUGGCCAGUUCUUGGUGAAAUCUGGCUACGCCUUUGUCGAUUGCCCAGAUGAGCAAUGGGCCAUGAAAGCCAUCGAAACUUUUUCUGGCAAAGUGGAGCUCCAUGGAAAACAGCUAGAGAUUGAACACUCAGUACCUAAAAAGCAAAGAAGCCGCAAAAUUCAGAUAAGAAACAUCCCCCCUCAGCUACGAUGGGAGGUUCUGGAUGGGUUGCUAGCUCAAUAUGGUACUGUGGAAAACUGUGAACAAGUGAAUACAGACAGCGAGACCGCGGUUGUCAAUGUCACAUACUCCAACCGGGAACAGACCAGACAAGCCAUUAUGAAACUUAAUGGGCACCAACUGGAGAACCAUGCGCUGAAGGUCUCCUACAUCCCCGAUGAACAAACUGUGCAGGGCGCAGAGAACGGGCGUCGAGGAGGCUUUGGAAUGCGGGGUGCCCCAAGGCAAGGUUCUCCUGUGGCUUCAGGAGCGCCUGUGAAGCAACAACCAGUAGACAUCCCCCUCCGGCUUCUUGUUCCCACCCAGUACGUGGGAGCCAUUAUCGGCAAAGAAGGUGCCACCAUCCGCAAUAUAACCAAGCAGACGCAGUCCAAAAUCGACGUGCACCGGAAGGAAAAUGCUGGGGCAGCAGAGAAAGCAAUAAGCAUCCAUUCAACCCCAGAGGGCUGUUCUGCUGCUUGUAAGAUGAUCUUGGAAAUCAUGCAAAAAGAAGCAAAAGACACCAAGACGGCUGACGAAGUGCCUCUGAAAAUCCUAGCCCAUAACAACUUUGUGGGGCGACUGAUCGGCAAAGAGGGCCGCAACUUGAAGAAGGUAGAGCAGGACACAGAGACAAAGAUCACCAUCUCCUCCCUGCAGGAUUUGACCCUGUAUAACCCUGAAAGGACCAUCACAGUGAAAGGCUCCAUUGAAAACUGCUGCAGAGCAGAGCAAGAGAUCAUGAAGAAAGUGAGGGAGGCCUAUGAAAAUGAUGUGGCAGCUAUGAGUCUACAGUCACACCUGAUACCUGGUCUUAACCUAGCUGCUGUCGGCCUCUUUCCUGCCUCUUCCAAUGCUGUGCCGCCUCCCCCAAGUAGUGUCUCUGGAGCAGCCCCAUACAGUUCUUUUUUGCCUCCUGAGCAAGAGACUGUGCACGUCUUCAUCCCUGCCCAGGCUGUGGGCGCGAUCAUUGGCAAGAAGGGACAGCAUAUCAAACAGCUUUCCAGAUUUGCAAGUGCCUCUAUCAAGAUUGCUCCUCCAGAGACACCAGAUUCCAAAGUGCGAAUGGUGAUAAUCACUGGACCACCAGAAGCCCAAUUCAAGGCUCAAGGGCGGAUUUAUGGCAAGCUUAAAGAGGAAAACUUUUUUGGGCCCAAAGAAGAAGUGAAGCUAGAGACGCACAUCCGAGUCCCUGCUUCAGCCGCAGGGAGAGUCAUUGGCAAAGGAGGCAAAACAGUCAAUGAGCUGCAGAACCUGACGGCAGCUGAGGUAGUUGUCCCUCGGGACCAAACCCCCGAUGAGAAUGAGCAAGUCAUUGUCAAAAUCAUCGGACAUUUCUAUGCCAGCCAGAUGGCACAGCGCAAAAUACGUGAUAUCCUUGCUCAGGUGAAACAACAGCAUCAGAAGGGACAGAACAGCCAAACACAAGCACGAAGGAAAUAGGAAGUUGCUCUACCCCGGGUGUGUGAGAGAGGAGAAAGAGAGAAAGGGAUGGACGAACGGAUGACAUUGACAAUGGAUGAAACAAAGCCAAGCAGAAAGAGUGAUGAGCUGAUGCAGAACCCUAAGAGUGGCUGGGAAUCAGUUUACCAUAGGCGGGUAUUAGUAACUUUCUUGUAGACGGGUGACUUAAUGUCUUAUGAGCCAAAGGCAGUUUGAUUGGCUUUUCAGGCAUGCGGGGUAUGUGUGUGUGUGUAUACAUAUAUAUAUAUAUAUAUGCACUGUAUAUAUUCCUCAAACAUGCAGCAUGUGUAUAUAUAUGUGUGUGUGUGUGUAUACAUAUGUGUGUGGGUAUACACACACACGUACACACAUACAAAUAUUUGAGGGGUGGGGAAAUUGGAUUGGCAACGGAAAAAACUGAAUCAAGCCCCAUAGUCUGUUUCAAUCAAGCAGUGUGUGAGAUUGUCAGAGGGGCGGGAGUGUUCUCACAUGCAGUCUGCUGUGCCUUUACCAGAUCAAGGGCAGAGUAAAAGAGUGUAAAUCCCUCUCCUCUCUUCCAAUCACAAACAAUUUUAGGGUUUAUUUGAACAACUAUCUUCCUGCCCCCCCCCAUUAAAAAUGUUUUUGCAGUCAGUAGGAGAAGGAAAAUUGAGUGGGACCAAAUUCCCCAGGGGUAUCCACCAAACCCUUUGGAUAAUCAAGUUCUGUUUGAUUAUCACACCUUGAUGCUUGUGGAACACAGUGCACUUUGGGAGGGGGACUGGUUGUCAGAAUUUUCCUUCCAUGUAGCUGUGUCCAGUGUUUGGACCCAGGAGAAGGUGCUUGGGUUGGCAUUGCCAUUGUAAUAAAGCAGCCCAAUUAUCUGUUCGCAUGGCUUGCCAUGCGUUGCAUCCAGCGUCUUCAUGUUGCUUGGCAGUCAAGGCUGCUUAGUUAACAGUGUGACAGGUUCCAUCUCUAGGUGUAGAAUGCAUUCUGCUCCAUACCAAUUUCCAGAAGUGGAAAUUGCUCCCAGGAGUUCUGCAAUCCUGUUUGUUCCACAUGUCAUGUUCCACGUUGCUGCAGCCACUAGUACAGACUCUCAGUAGCUUUCCCAAACUGGAUGCCUGGAAAGAUUUUUUAGAUUGCAUCUCCCAUCAUCCCUGACCAUUGGCCAUACUGGCUGGGGCUGAAGGGAGGCGGAGACAAAACAUCUGGAAGGCACCAAGUGGGGAAAGAUGACUUACAGGCUGCUGAAGUAGACUGAAGGGUGUAUCUGGACCCACAUGCCCUCAGCUACAUAUCCCUGCCUAGAAGUAAAACCCACUCCAACUUUUCAUCCCAAUGGCAUAUACAUGUUGAGAGGCUUCCUGUCACUUUAAGGAAAAAAAAUUUUUGAGCAUAGAAUUAUUUCUACACAUUAAUAGGGUUUCCUCCCCUUUCUUUCUUAGAUAUUGUCAACAGGUAGGGAGGGUUUGGUUCUUCGAAUUGGCCACAUAAUCCCAGUUGUCCUGAAAACAAAUAAAAGUGGGGAGGGAAAACAAGGCAAUAAUCUUGUUGUAUUUUCAGUAAUCUCUUCCCUAAAAACCACACAAUGGCUCAGUUCAAACAUUGUUACCAAACCAUGGUUUGCAGUAACCAUAAAUGAAAACCCAAACCAUGGUUUGAGCUUCCAAAUAUAUAGACAAACUAUGCUUUGAAAUUGCUUGUCUGAUUUUUAUCUAUUCCCUGCUUCCGUUUCUAUGGUGCCAGGGCUUCUGGAGUUAGAGAAAAGGCUUGUAACUAUGGUUCAGCAAUUCAGACAACAUCUCAAACUAUGGUUUGCAAACCCACUUUAAACCAGGCGUUCUGAUUUUGAAUUGCUGAUAUAUUACAAAACACAAUUUGUCAAUGAAGGUAUAUCAAACCAAAGUUCCUUAGUCUGCAGUCCCAUUCCCAUUUACCUGGGAAUAAGCCCAAUUGAACUCGGUAAUACUUCUGAAUGAACAUAUAUAAGAUUGUACUGUUAACCAUGGUUUGGUGUGAUGUCUGAAUUGAGCUACUUUCCUUGAUAAGUCUCCAGUUUCCUUAAUUAAUUAAGGAAAGAAGUACAUUCUUUCUACCUCUCUCUCUCUCUCUCUCUCUCUCCCCAACCCCCCUGGGUAUUUUCACUUGUUAAGCCAGGGAAAGUAUUGGAAUAAUUAGACUAUCAAGCAAUGGGAAAGCACCAAGUUUUAAAUCCACCAAAGACACAAAUCCUUAAGUAGCAGUCAUGGUGGAAUGAAUUGUUAAACAUUGCUGAACAAAAAAAACAAUUGUGGCAGUGUGCCCUAGAAAAUUAUAGUACUAAUGAAUUAUCAAGUCACGAGAUGCAAAUAUCUCUAGUUCAGUUAAAAUAAAUUAAAAAGCUGUGGGUUGGAUCCAGAGGAGCUUCCUCUGAUGACAAAAACAUCUCUUGAUCUAAACCCAAUUCAGUCUGGCUUUUUGUUUUGUUCUCUUUUUAUUUGCAAUAUUUUGUAGGAGACGCACAAACUUAGUUUUUGUUUUGUUUUUUACAUCAUCUGAUUCUUGUAAAAAUCCAAGAUUGCAACCAAAUUUUAGUCAUGAAGAGCAGGUAUGGCUAAGAAAGAGUUUUAAUGUUUGUUGAAAACAUGAGAUUAUUUUUUUUAACCUAAUUGGUAAGGUAAGGCGGUUUUGUCUUUUUUUUUAGAAAGAUAUUUUAGACUCCAUUACCACUUCCUUGAUUUUGUGGGUGUAAAUUUUGAUGUGGCAGUCCAAACCACAGCAAAACAAAAAAAAUCCCCAUUUCAAACGUACACAUCUCUACAUCAUCCCUGUAAUUCCAAUAAACAUCUCAUGAUUUAUGCUUCUGGCUGUGGUUGACAUACCCCUUCCGCCAGCCGGCCACUCUCCAGAGAAAAAUUAAGCAUGCUUAAGUCCUAAUGAAAUCAGUGCGUCUUAAGCAUAUGUGAUAUGCUCAGGAAUGUCCCUGCCUAGAGACUUUAAAGAGAUUUCAAGGUCUUUGCUAUGGAGCAGGUGGAUUGUGUACUGCAAUCCAAAUGUUCCUUUAUAAAGGGCAUUUGUGUUCCAUCCAGCCCUGUAGAAUCUCUGGGGAAUAGCCAUCUGCUUCCAGGUUCUGCUGAAGAGAAUCUAUAGUUGCCCCCUGUUCACCUCUGUAAAUUACCUAUUGCUCUAGCGUAGGCUUGUCACCAGCUGGUGGUAAACGCACACAGCAGCAGCCUUGAGUGGGGUGGCAAGAAGCUGUUUUCAUGGACCUCUCCCCGCUUGGAGUCCUUGUGCCUCAGGAUACAGUGAAGAGGAGCGCAAGUCACACAAUGGCGACAUUGGAAAAGCCUCUGUGUGCCCUUGAUUGCCAGUCCCCAAGGUUGCUUCUGAGGAGCUUAAUAGUUACCUUUUGCGAAAGCAAUGGAGGGCUAAAAAAAUCCAGUGUGUGCACAACUCCUUCGAUUCCAUGAUGUGUCAUAGCCUGGCUUUAAAACACACCAGGGGGGUGGGGAGAAAAGAAAUUGGUUGACCAAUUGGUGCAAAUGACCCCCAGACCUCUUGCCCCCCAGAAUCCAUGAUUUGAAGCCACACGCUAUAAGAAUUAGAUCUUCAAAUCCCCUUUUGUUAAAGUGACCAUCUUCCAGAGUGGUCAGGGUUUCUGUCCAUUUCCGAAGCUUCUCCUAUCUCAGUGUUGCAUUGCUGGGGGAGGUCUAGAUGGGGACUGCACCUGCUGAACUUCCUUUAGUGCUCUUAAAGUGGGCAGAAGCUCUGUCACUUUGGGAUAAUGUUGCCCUGCUUUCAAGGAACCUCAGUGCUUAGAUAUACCAAAAAGAAGGAGGAAAGAGAUGGCUGUCGUGAUCCAGAGAAUGUGAAGGCCGUGUUGCUGCUCAAACAAACAGUGGCCAGUUGAUGAACAGUGCCCACAACACAAGCAAGUGUGUUGCAUGGGCAUCCUUAUGAGCUUCUUUGUGCAUUACCCUGUUAAUGGAAAGCGGAGCAGACUUCCUGCACCCAGUAUAGCAAUUCUUUAUGUGGAUGCUGGGGUGGCCACACACAGUUCACCUUCUAUGGAUCAGGGCAAAUGGCUCUCUCCUUGAUCUUAACAAUGUUUAAAAUGGGUGACUUGCAGUACAAACCUGUAUGUGCCUACUCUGAGUAAACCCACACUGAGCUCAGUGGGAUUUACUUCCAGCUAAGCAUGUAUAGGAUUGCAUUGUCAGGGGCCUUGCCUCCAGGUUAAAAUGACUGGCAGGGUACUGUUGUAUAAAACAUAUCAAUGUGUCUGAAUCCCACCCCAGGGAAAAGGAGUCCAGUAUUAACAGAAGGUUAAUGUUGAACAAGGGCUCAUAGGGAUGUUUGGAUUUUUUCCUGAGGGUUGGAAGAGGGAAAAGCUGGGGGGAUGAAAAUGAAACAAAAAGUAAUUUCUUGAAAAUUGGCAUGAUUAAAAACAAACAAACAAAUUAAAUACCCCCUCCUCCCUAUUUUGGAAAACAGAAAAAAAAUCUUUUCUGCCACAGGAAUAUUGAGUGUCUUUAUGAGGCGAUACCAAAUAUAGACAUCAGAAGAAUGUAAUGUGGUUACUGAUCCCAGUCACUCUUAUGCGAACUUUAAAAAGAAAGAAAAAAUGUGUAAAAUAUAUAUAUAUAUAAAUAUAUACAAUGGAUUUGUGAGUAUCUGUGAAGGACAGGAAAUUGCCUGCCUGGCAGCCAGAACCCCGAACAAAGAUUUGUCUCUGCAUUACAUUGGGCAUCUGAUGGGUUAAUCUGGCCAUUCCCCUAAGGAAAUCUCCCCCCCCCCCAUAGUGCUUCAGAUAGCUUUGAACUCAGGGAAAACCAGUGCUAAUCCUUCUGUGAUCUGGAUUCAAAAUUGUUUUGCAGUAGUGUCAUCAAAAGUGUGCUGCUGUGUGAGCGUUAACCUGAUGCACUGCAGGCCUGACUCACUAUUAUGCAUCAGUGAGUCCUGGGUGGCAGGUCUCUCUUGCCAUGCCCAUUCAGUAGCAAACAGUGAUUUAACUCCAGGUUAUUGGGCAUAGGAUUGCAGCCUGAUAGCCUGAUCCUACGCAUGCUGAGUUCCAACACAUUCAAUUGGUCUUACUCCCAAGUAAGUGUACAUAGGAUCUCUGCUUUCAUGGCAUUUUAUGCACCCAUUAUUUGCUUAACGUUAAAAGAACAGAACAAGCUUUGGACACCUUUGCAGAGAAAAUUGGGGGGGAAAUUAGCAACCCACAAAAAUGAGUUUUCUCUUGCACACAUGUCAUCAACCUCAGGGCAGUUUUAAGUAAUGGGCAUGGACAGCAACUAGCCUGGGAGGAAUCAUUGUAUAUCCUGGGCAAAUAGCAAACUAUAUAUGGUCUUAUUCAAUUGAUGGAACAGCAUGUCCAAACAUCUCAUUCCAUUCAGAGGCAGCUGUGACAGACCUUUUGAUUAGAAUAUGGAGAUUCUGAAAUAAAUUGAUUUCUGGGUUUUAAGCUCUCUUACUUGGGAAUAAAAUUCUAUUGAAAUAAUUGAAAUUUAGUUCUGAAGCCUAAGGAAUGGGAUAACCUGAUUUUUGAGGCUAACACCAUGAUCUUAAGUAAGUGCAUUGAUACCAAUAUAUAUUUAGGAUCAUGCUGUUAUUUUAAAUGGAUCAAAUUUUGCCAAAGAAGAGGCCACUCUCUUUGUGAUGAAACACACAUAUAUUAGCAGAGACAAGCCUUUUGUUCUAUUUUGACUGCUGCAUGUCCAGAUUUAACUAAUUGAGACUGGGUCUGUCUUGUCCCACCACAAAAGCCAUGACAUCCAGGAGUGACAGCAGGCAAAUCCAGUUCCAAUGUAUUUUCAUGUGCCUAAUUCUCAACGGACAACUUUGAAUUUUAGAUUGAAGCGGCUGCAUGGAUCUUGCUGUUUACACUGAAGCAGUUUCUGUCCUUUUUAUUCCUUCCAACAAAGAUGUGUGCAGAAAGGUCAGGCAUUGCUGUGUGUUCUAAGGGAAAAGGAUGGGUAAAAUAGAAAAAGAAAAAUGAGAGAAAAAUGUGGGGGGGAAAAAGCUACCUCAAGGUAUGAAGUUACCUCAGCAAUUGUUUUGUUUUUGGGCUUGCUGAUAUUUUAUAUAAAAGCUGAUAGUCUUGAAUAUUUUAUUUUUUUAAUGAAAAGAGAAGUUAAGUUUCAUAAUUUCUUAUGAGCCAGAAGUUGUUAUGCAGGUCGGCAGUGUUAUGAGCUCUCUAUGGAGAACGACAGAGACUUCAGACGUAGCGGAAAAGAUGGCAGAUCUCUACCCCCACCCUUAAAUUAACAAUUUAAUUUUUGCCUUACUACAAGAAUUUAAUAAUAAUUUUUGCCCCCUCAAAAAUAUGGCCAAUUUAGGAUCUGUACCUUUUAAUCACUGUGUUCAAAUUGUUAAAAAUGUGUAUGAUUAGAAGUCACCCUCCAAAAGGCAUCUAAGUGAUACAAACACAAUUUGUAGCCUAAAGACUGGCUUAGUCUAAGUUCACUUAAUUUAGAUGUUAGGGUGACUUUACUUGAUCAGUGCAGGUGGUUGUAGCUCUGUGGGUGGUUACCUGGGUUAGACUGCAGACCUGUUUAUUCUCUCUGGAUUUGGAUAAUGGUGGGUUUUGCUGUAUAAAAAGUGGUAUUUCUUAGGCAUGUUUUUCAUCAGUAAGUGUUGCUGAAGUGCUGUUUGCACCGAUGAUGGUACUCUAGCAACAAAAUGUAAUGAGAAGUUUCUUGAAAACAGCUGGCCCUUGGUUGAUUCUCUAGGAGAGGGAACUAAUAGCCUCUCCAGUUCCACAGGACCAGACCGUGCUUAAUUUAUACAUGCAACCAUGGAAGAGAACCACCAGAGACAAAACAUGGGAAUCAGGUUCUUUGAUGGCAUAAAGUCACAUCAUUGCAGCAAAGCCAGUGAAAUCAAAAUGGAAGUUUUAAGUUCAUUUAAGAUUUGAAGGCUAGCUGCUGAGGCUCUUACACAGAUUUGGAAUAAACCUAUCAAUCAGAACCAACUCUUGACCUUAUAAAUAUUUGGCCCUCUUUUCCGCUAUGGUGCUGUAACAUAUUCUACAAAGAUUACCUCAGUUUUACUGAGGAGAAGCAGGCCGUUAUUUUUUAUUUUUAUUGUGUGUGUUUUUUUAAGAAAAGCAAUGGGAGCAAAUUUUUGAAGUUUUUGUACCUUCUCAACCCAGGCUGACACUAUUUGAAAUGUUUGUGGAAUUUGUUUUUAAAAAAGAAAGUUGCAUUUGCUACUCUACAUUGCACUUGGAGCAGAG